UGAAAGCAUAUUGUUGAAUUUUAUUUUAAAAAUGGCAUCAAUUAAGGAGGUUAAUGAGUACCGAGUGGUUCAAACUCUUUAUAAAUCAGAUGAAGCCCACACAUUAGUGGUAGCCAGUAAAGCUCUUCCGAAGAUCUCUGAGGAGGAUUUGAAAGUUAUGAAAUUAAGAAAGAUACCUGCAAAUAGGUAACAAAGAGCUUAGCGCAGAUGUAGGCCCUGAUAUGGCGAUCAUAGCAGGGCUUAAACAUAAAAAUAUUACACCUUAUGAGAGAUACUUUUUCACAAAAAUUGAGAAUACAACAUACAUAGCAGUUAUAAGGCCAUAUUUCAAAACCAAGGUUUCUGAUAUUGCAGUUUUCACCAAGUUCAAUGCAUCAGAUGGUGAGAUAUGCCUUAAAAUGAUUGAAGCUCUUAGCCAUAUUCAUGAGAGAUACUCCAUGAUGUUCACUCUGAAAGCAUCCAAUUGAUUCAUUGACUCUAAUGGUGACCUACAGAUCACUGAUAUUGGAGCACCAUCGCUUGUGGAAUACGAGCUUGAGAGCAAAGCUGAGUCUCUAAAGAUAGCAAUGUACACUCCUCCAGAAAUAGACUGUGAGUUAACAGGAGGGAAUUUCAAAUUUGAUAUCUGGUGACUUGGAAUCUUGUUCUACGAACUGUAUAUGAAGUGCCAUCCAUUCGAUGCAUCGACACCAAAUGAAGCCCUCAAGUUGGUGAACAAGGAGUUUGUUGGUGUCGAACUUAACGAAGGAAUUAUUGAUGAUAUUAUCAGAGGAUGUCUUAAGCAAAACCCUUCUGAGAGACUUUCUAUGGGGAAGAUAAACAAACAUCUGAAAGAGCUUAUUACUCAAGAAAAUAUUGUUCUUGAAGAAUCUCGUCUUAGAAAGGUCAGCCCAAGGCUUGUCUCUAGAAGCCAGGACAUCCGUGCGCAACAUGAUGAAAAUUACAUUGAAAGACUAGAUGAUCCUAGUGAGGAGGAGAAAUUGGUGUCUCCCAUUCCAUGCAUCAAUAACUUCUUCAAAGUUAUCAACAAAACUGGAUUCUCUGAGAGGACAUCUCAAGACAUACUCUACAAUCAGAAGAUGCAGAGUGAUGGAACCGACCGAAAGGAAAAGCUUAGGUGAGUAAACAUAGCACAUGAUUGCCACCGUGGGCCUAUUAACGGCAUUGGUGUCCUAGACACAGGGAUUCUAGUCACUAGUGGAGAAAACAAAGCUAUCUGCUUCUGGAAUCCAAUGGAUAAUGAUCUCAUUGCCAUUAUCAAUGAGAGUGGAAAAGUUGGUAAAAUACUCACAAUACCCAAAACGAAGGGAUUUUACUAUGUUCUUGGCAAUGAAAUCAAAUUUUUUGAUCCCACAAUUGGGGCUGCAGAGGUGAUCUACCAAGCUGAGAGCAAUAUUACAUGCCUUGAGGUAUUUCAAGACCAAAAAUAUGACAUCUUCAUCGUUGGUUUAAAGGAUGGUACCAUAGAACUUGUCAGCAGGACUACUAGAACUGUAUCUUUAAGUAAAUCGUUUCAUUCUGGAUAUCCAGUAGUAGGAGUCAGUGGACAAGGAGAUUACCUCCUUACUACAGGAAGAGAUGACGUGGUAAAUAUUUACAACAUGCGAACAAAUCUCUUAGAAAGAGAACUUGAUCUCAAGAACGCUUACCUUGAUGGAGUCUCAGGAGUCCUCAAGAUGCACCAAGACAUUAAAGAAAUGAUAAUAACAGAUGGGCUAUUUGGAAUCUCUCUGUUCUCUUUUGAUAUAAACAAUCCUUAUAAAGAACAUCCAGACAUAAACUACCGUCCUGUGGCUCAGCUUUUCAGGAAUGUUUCGCCAAACUCUGAUCUAUUUGGAGCAACUAGUGGGAAAGGAGUUGUUAAGAUCUACCACAGUCAGCAAAAUGAGGACGGAUCCCAAAGUUCCUCUAUCCGCGAAAUACGGAGAUUUAAAGGUCAUAAGUCUAAAGUUACAGGCAUUGCUUACUUUCAAGAUGGUUCUUAUGCCACCUGUUCGCUAGAUGGGACCUAUAGAAUAUGGAGUUCUAGGAAAGAUGUCAAACUCAUUGGGAAAGCUCCGGGUUAUAACGGGUGCUGAUCAAGUGAGAAAUGAGUUAUCCAAUAACAGCUAGUUCUUUUUCAACAAAACUUGUCCUGAAA